AUAAUGAAAUGUUUGUUACUGGUGAAUUGAGCAUAAGAUCCGUGACAGUCUCCGCCUCCCACCGUCUGUCACUGAAGAGAAUGGAUAGCAUUGUUGAUAGUUCAACCAUAAAACGUAUUACUUUAAAUGUUUUCCUACAAAAAGCUCAACGUGAUAAAUUUGAUAUACAUUCAAAUGUUAUUAUUAUGUCCAUUAUAUGUUUGUAAUUAUUGAUAAUAAUUAUAUUUUUAAUUAAAAUGAGUUCACCAGUGUCAAUAAGUAAUUCUGCAUCGCUAACUGGUAAUAAUGGAAUGGAAACAGUAGUGGCAGUGGCACUUGGCGCGCUUGCUGCUGUUUUUCUUGGUGCUCUCUUAGUAUUACUUGUCAUUUGUCGUAGACAACGUUGUUAUUAUAAUCAAAAAGAUUCACCAGAUCUCAGUUCAGAUUUAUUAGAAGGAGAGAAUAAUCCUGGAUUAGGUUUGGGUACAUGGGAAAGUGAAGAAUGGCUUGCCGGUGCUGAAAGAUGGGUCGAUGAUGCUACUGGUUUAGCACCACCUUGUAUCGCUGUACUUCGUUCUUGUCAUUCUUUGGCAGCAAGUCUUACUGCUAUUGCAGGAACAGUAAAUAGCAAUACAGUACCAUUGGAAAUAGUAGAUGUUGCUAGAAGAAUUCCACCUCGUGUCGAUGAUGUAGUACGAAGUUUAUAUCCACCUUUGGAUGCUAGAUUAUUGGAAGCAAGAGUGGCUGCAUUGGUAUUAGCUGUUACUCAUUUAGCGUUAGUAACUAAACACGGUGUUCCAAAAAGUCAAGCUAGAAAAUUAACAUUCAUUGAUCAGGCAUUAAAUGACAUGGAUUCACAUUUGUUAAUAUUAAGAAAUGCCGCGUUAGCGCAAGAAGCUGUAUGUUCUAUUCCAGCUUCUACAUCGGUCUAAAUUAAUUUCAUUGAAUGGAGAACAGAAAAUUAACAGUAUUUAUAUAAAGGCUCUCUCUGUCUCUCUUUCUCUCUCUCUCUCUCACAUACACACACAUACACACACUCUGUCUCUGUUUCUAUUGCCUUUAUUUUAUUUUAUAAAAAUAUUAAAAUAUUUUAGAAAUUUCUUAUAUAAAUGUUUUAUAGAAAUGAUCUACUUUAUAGAUUGACUAUUAUAUUUUUGAUAUCCCAUAAAUAAUUCGUUCAAUUACGUAUAACAACAAAUCUUCCUGUAAUGAUCAACUGAGAAUAAUUUGCGAUGGUAAACUCUCACGAAAAGACAGCUCUUAACGCCAUCUACAGUAUAUUUUUGGAAACAAAUUUAUCAUCUCGCAAUUCAAUUCAAAUUUAAAUUUAAUAGAAAAGAAAAUUAUUUGUUUAAUUUUUAAUUAAUUACUAUUAACUAAACUAAUUACAAAUAGUAAUCUAAUAGUAUUAUAGUUAAUUGUAUAAAACUUUUAUAUAUAUAUAUAUAAAAUAUAAAUACAUGUUACACGUGAAUUCUUUAAAUGUAUUAAAA